CAUGCUUACUUCCUUCCUGGGAUGUCACCUGAACAAAAGAGGACACUGAUGGCUAUAUAGCUUGCCUCAUGUGUUUGCAAGACAGGAUAUGUAUCUGCUAUUUUCUGUCACAAACCAUUACAAAUAACAGCAAGAGUAGCAAAGUUCAUUUCCAGCUGUUUACUGUGCAGAAAAAAUGCAACAGUCAGCAUUUAUGAUACAGUGUUUGCUGGGAGAUUGCAGGAACAAAGUGCCAAAAUUUACUGCCCUCUGCUGCCAAGGGUCAUCAGCCCUUUCUUAACUUCUGAUGUUUUGAGCUUUCUCUGUUUGUGUUUCUUAUCUUAGUUGCUUUGUUUACGCUGUUUGUUGGUUUACUAAAAAUGCCAGUGCAGUCAGUGCAGUAAAUUUUGGUACAAAACAGACAGGAGAAACAUGGCUACGGCUAUAAAAAGCUUUUGUGGUAUAUUCAGGGGGUGAAGUUUUGCAAAUUGGGCACGAGCCGUGCUGUCUUUUCACCGAACUUCUGUUUGACCACUAGGUUUCUGAGCACUGGGGGCUUUGAGGAGCAGGUGCUCAGCAGCCCUGCAGCAGAAAGAAGGAACUCUGGAUCCUCCUGAGGCAGGAAGGGCAGCAGGAUAUACGGUGGGUACGGCACCACUUCUACCCAAGCACUUUGCAAGUUACGACACAGGUGCAGGUGCUGCCAGUCGUGUUACUGGCACCCUUUAGCCUGUGACUGAGCGUUCGACAGUGAGAUAAGUAAAGGCCAUUUGAGCUGAGAAGCAUCAGUGUGCCUUGCACUGCUGCUCUUGAUUGUGGGCCUGUAUGGGCUCUGGUUUGUGUAACCCCUCGAAGUCAUCAGCCCAACUGAAGAAAGGUACUGCCCAUCUGAAGCUCUUGAAACCCUUCAGGCAUCGUGUUGGAGAGCACUGGAGCAGUUCUGUAUGGCAAAAUGGUGGUGUUCCCUGAGCACCUGAAAACAGGAGAAAGAUGAUGUUGGGAAAACCCAUCCUUCCCAAAUCAGCAAAAAGGUGUUUUUUCUCUUGACAGCAGUUUGUGUCUUUUCCUUCUGAGGCGUUGCACGGUCCUGCGAAGAACUUUCUCACUCUUCACUUGAGUCAGAAGAGCCAGGCGAGGGCAGGGAAAUGGCACGGUUCCCCGUGGCUGCUCUGCCGUCAGGAAGUGCUUGCAGGCAGCCUCUCCACAUGUGGGGUUUUUUUAUAUCUUUGUUUAUUUUUCUGGCAGGAAGCUGUGCUUCGGGGCCGUGCAACAGCUCCGCCUCCCGCUCUCGUGGCCUGGGUCCCAGCACGCACGCUCGGCUCGCUGCAGUGCGGCCGCUGUGGGUACAGGCAGUGCCGGUUCCCCGGUAGGGAUCAGGGCUCGGAGCAGGAGGCUGGGAGGUGGUGAUGGAGGUCGUGCAGGGAGCCGCAGGGGGACCCCAGGUGCUGCAUUUGGGGGCUGGGGUCAUCGCUCUGCUGUUGACGGCUGUGGCCGUCUGCUGCCUGCCCUCCCUGAUGGAUUACUGGAGGCGAUGGUGGGUGACGAAGCCGAUCCCGGGUAUCAGCCCCUGCUAUCCUCUGCUGGGAAAUGCUCUACUCUUGGAGCGGGAGGGAGAAGGUUUUUUUAAACAACUACAAGUUUACUCUGAAGAGUACAGGAGUUGUCCAUUGCUCAAAAUUUGGAUAGGACCGUUGCCUGUCCUGAUUUUGUAUCACCCUGACAGUGUGGAGGUUAUUCUGAGCAGUUCGAAACACAUAGAAAAAUCGUACCUGUACAAAUUCCUGCAGCCGUGGUUGGGCACUGGACUUCUGACAAGCACUGGGGACAAGUGGCGGUCACGGAGGAAGAUGAUAACUCCCACGUUCCACUUUGCGAUCUUAACUGACUUUCUAGAGGUUAUGAAUGAACAAGGAGGUAUUUUGUUGGAGAAACUUGAGAAGCAUGUUGACAAGGAACCAUUUGAUGUCUUUCUAUACAUCACUCUGUGUGCCCUUGAUAUCAUCUGUGAAACGGCAAUGGGCAAGAAUGUGGGUGCUCAGGAGAAUAAGGAUUCUGAGUAUGUUCGUGCUGUCUACAGGAUGAGUGAUCUAAUCCAACAGAGACAGAAGAGCCCUUGGCUUUGGCCUGAUCUUGUAUAUAUGCUGUUCAAGGAAGGAAGAGAGCAUGAGAGGAACCUCAAAAUACUUCACAAUUUUACAGAUACAGUCAUUGCAGAAAAAGCUGCAGAACUUGAAAACACCAAGCAAACAAAAUGUGAUACUGAUGGUAACUAUGAAGAAAGUGGCUCCAAAAAGAGAAAAGCUUUCCUGGACAUGCUGCUGAGUGCAACAGAUGAUGAAGGGAACAAACUGAGCUACUACAAGGACAUUCGUGAGGAAGUGGAUACUUUCAUGUUUGAGGGCCAUGAUACAACAGCAGCUGCUAUGAACUGGGCCCUGUACUUACUUGGACAUAAUCCUGAAGCCCAGAAGAAGGUUCACAGAGAGCUGGAUGAGGUGUUUGGCAACACUGAGCGUCCUGUUACAAUGGAUGAUUUGAAGAAUCUUCGAUACCUUGAGUGUGUUGUGAAAGAAGCCCUUCGGCUCUUCCCUUCAGUUCCGCUGUUUGCCCGUGCCUUGAGAGAGGACUGCUGUAUUAAAGGAUAUCGGGUACCAAAAGGCACAAAUGUUCUUGUCAUAACUUAUGCCCUGCAUAGAGACCCCGAGAGCUUCCCUGACCCGGAGGAGUUCAGGCCUGAGCGAUUCUUCCCUGAAAAUUGUAAGGGAAGGCACCCGUAUGCUUAUGUGCCCUUCUCAGCUGGUCCCAGGAACUGCAUUGGUCAGCGCUUUGCACAAAUGGAGGAGAAAGCUCUUCUAGCCCUCAUCCUGCGGCGCUUUUGGGUGGACUCAUGUCAAAAGCCAGAAGAGCUUGGUACAACUGGAGAACUGAUUCUUCGUCCAAAUAAUGGCAUCUGGAUUAAGCUGAAGAGGAGGCCAAAUGCUGGAUCAGAAUGAAAGGGAAUUCAAGAUUUUAUUUUUCCAAAAACUUCCAAGCUAUUUAAGCCGAGAUAUGUUUUUAAAUCAGAUAUUUUGAUGGCCGACUGGCAAUUUGUUGAAACUACAGUCAUUACUGAUUGUUUCAUUAAAGAAGAUGUAAUAGCACUACGUUGCUGUAGUUUCCUGGUACAUGUGAACUUCAUGUUCAUCUUUGAAGUUCAAGUCCUUAAACAUCAAAUCUUAGUGCCUUAUCUACUCGGAUGAAACUAUUCUAUUGCAACAGUGCAAAAAACUUUAAAUGAUGGUAGUAACAACAGUAAUGCCUGUGGUGGAGUGAUCUGGUUAUAUUCCAUAGCAUUUGCGAGGUAACUUGAUAGUCUCAAAUCUUUGGAUAGUUUUCAGGUUUCUUUGGUUCUGAAAGGUACAAGUAAUCAGUUCUUCCACUUGGCACUUUUUUUUUCUGUUUUGGUGAUGACUGCCUCUAUGAAGACAAAGGAAAAAUCUCUGAUAAUUGCACUACUCCUUUGUAAGCAUUUACAGUAGUUCUUCAGUAGUGAGUGCUCUGAAUUAUUUUUUAGCAAAGUGUACCAUAAGCAUUAAUCUGUAUAAUCAUACCAUGAACUAGAUAGUGUGCAAAUUACACACAGGAUUUCAUAAUGGCAGAAACACUGUAUUAUUAGAAUUUCUGAGAAUAAACUUCUACUAUGCCUCAA